AUGGCUGAACCAACCCCUCCCACCGAGCUCGGCCGCCUCCGCGUCCUCUCUUCUGCCGCAGGCGUCCGAGUCUCCCCAUUGCAGCUAGGCGGCAUGUCCAUUGGCGACGCCUGGGCUGGCAUGAUGGGCUCUAUGGACAAGGACGCCGCCUUCAAGCUUCUCGAUGCCUUCUACGCGGCCGGUGGUAACUUCAUCGACACUGCAAAUAACUACCAGAACGAACAGUCUGAGACGUGGAUCGGUGAAUGGCUGGCAGCCCGUAAGAAUCGCGAUUCUGUGGUCCUGGCAACCAAAUUCAGCAUGGACUAUCGCAGCCACGCUCAAGGCACUGGAGUCCCAUCUGCCAACUUCGCCGGCAACUCUCGCCACAGUAUUCACGUCAGUGUGCGUGAUUCGCUGAAGAAAUUGCAGACUGAUUAUAUUGACAUUUACUACGUUCACUACUGGGACUACACCACAUCCAUCAAAGAACUCAUGGAUUCUCUUCACGUUCUUGUUCAGCAAGGCAAAGUUUUAUAUCUUGGCGCAUCGGAUACCCCUGCUUGGAUAGUUGCUGCUGCAAACACCUACGCCAUCGACCACGGAAAGACACCUUUCAGUAUCUAUCAGGGCCGCUGGAACCUAUUGCACCGAGACUUCGAGCGGGAUAUUAUUCCCAUGGCUCGCCAAUUCGGCAUGGCGCUUGCACCAUGGGACGUCCUUAGUGGCGGUAAGUUCCAGUCCAAGGCCGAGCUUGAGCGACGCCAGAAGUCGGGUGAGGCGCUUCGCAGCUUCGCAGGAAAGCCUGCCCACCAGAAUCCGGACGAGGUCAAGGUAAGCGAGGCGCUGGCUAAAGUUGCUGCCGAGCAUGGCACCGAGUCGGUCACGUCUAUCGCGCUUGCGUACGUCUUGUCCAAGGCGUCUAACGUGUUCCCAAUUGUUGGUGGCCGCAAAGUCCAACACCUCCAGGACAACAUCCAAGCGCUGAGCAUCAAACUUACCCCAGCGCAAAUCGAAUACCUCGAGAGCGUCCACCCCUUCAACCCUGGUUUCCCGCACAACUUCAUCCCGGCGGACCCCAACGUCACUGGCAAGUCGUUCCUGAUCGGCCGUACAAAUGCCAUGAAAUUCCCGAAUGCAAACCAGCCAACGUCUAUAUAA